AUGCCGAACCCAGAAAAACACAAGAGGGGCCCCCCGGGGGCCCCCGGGGGCCCCCAGGACGAUUGGGGUCGCCCAGGCUUCCUUAUAGAGCGACUGAAGAAAGAACGAAUGGAGGAGGAGACAGGGGGCCCCCAACACAACAGGUAUGGGGCCCCUAGCGGGGUUUCAGGGGCCCCUGGGGGGGCCCCUGCUGAGGGGCCCCCGAGAGGGAAGGGGGCCCCUCAGGGGGGGGCCCCCAAGGGCAAGGGGGCCCCGGGGGGCCCCCAAACAACUGAUAUGAUAGACUUGACGAGGAGCUCAGACAGCUCGGAGGAGGAGAUGAACCCAAAGAGGAGAAUGCGGGUGGGAAAGGGGGGGCCCCCAGAAGAGGAAGGGGCCCCCUUGGGGGCCCCCCCGGGGGGCCCCCAAGGGGCCCCCAAAGGGAAAUCAAAGGGAAGGCAACAGCAGACGAGAGAGGGGGGCCCCCCUACGGCUUCUGCUGCUGCAACAGAUAAAGAGGGGCCCCCUGUCCCCGCGGGUGCUGCAGAGGCAGCGACGGGGGCCCCUGAAUCUCUCAUAGAAACCAGAGAGAAGAAGAGGGGGCCCCCAGGGGGCCCCCAAGGGGGCCCCCAAGGGGGCCCCCGUAGCAAGAAGCUGCAGAAGCAGGUAGAAGCAGCCAGGGGAUCCGAUCCCAGGGGGCCCCCGGACCCUCUGGGGGCCCCCAUCAUUGUUUGCUGCUCCUCAUCAGACAGUGAGGGGCCCCCUAUAGAGAGCGGGGGGCCCCCUGAGGGGCCCCCUAUAGAGAGCGGGGGGCCCCCUGAGGGGCCCCCUAUAGAGAGCGGGGGGCCCCCUGAAGAGAAAGAGGGGCCCCCUAUAGAGAGAGAGGGGCCCCCGAAAGACAAAGAAAAGGAAAGAAAGGGGAAGCAGAGGGGCCCCCCAAGGGGCCCCCGCAGAGGCAAUGCAGCAGCAGAGGGACAGAAGGAAACUGCUGUCUCUGCUGCUGCUGCUGCUGCUGCUGCUGCUGCAUCUGCUCCAGCAACAGCAACAGCAUCAACAGCAUCGGACACAGGAGCCGCAGCAACACCAACAACAGUGCUGCUGCUGCUGCUGCUGCUGCCGCUGCUGUAUCUGCUCCAGCAACAGCAACAGCAUCAACAGCAUCGGACACAGGAGCCGCAGCAACACCAACAACAGGAGGAGCACCUGCAGCAGCAGCAGCAGCAGCUGCUGCUGCUGCUGCAUCUACCCCUGAGCAGCAGCGUGGUGGGGGCCCCCACACAGCAGAUGAAGAUGAGGGGUCUGUGCGUGUGUUGGGGAUCGGUGGGGUUGGUGGGAUCGUGGGUGUGGGGUCGAUCCCCAGUGUCUCUCAGCAGGUACCCCGGGGCCCCCCUGUCUCCUUUCCAGCUGCUUCUGCUCCUGCUGCUGCUGCUGCUGCAGCAGCCCCUGCUCCUCCUGCUGCUGCUGCAGCAGCAGCAGCAGCUGCUGCUGCUGCUGCUGAAAGGAGACAGUUGGACCCCUUCUAUGGCUCCGCGGGAAAGAUAG